UAUUCCAUUCAGCCUUGUCUUUGCUUGUGGAGCUACCAUAAAUGCUUACUCCAAUCUUGGAAUACUAGCUGCUGUUACAUGGUAAGUCCUGUUUGUUUCCAUACCAAUGGUCUUUCUGGCAAUUCAGCUACAGAAAUAUUACUUUUCCACUGCAAAGGAGUUGAUGAGGAUCAAUGGAACAACCAAGUCUUUUGUAGCAAAUCAUCUAGCAGAGUCUGUAUCAGGCGCCAUUACAAUAAGAGCUUUCAAUGAAGAAGAGCGCUUCUUGGCAAAGAAUUUUCACCUCAUUGACACAAAUGCUAGCCCAUUUUUUCAUAGUUUUGCAGCAAAUGAGUGGUUGAUUCAACGGUUAGAAAUAAUUUGCGCAGCAGUUCUCGCCUCUGCAGCACUCUGUAUGGUUUUGCUUCCAACUGGAACUUUUAGCUCUGGGUUUAUUGGAAUGGCGCUUUCUUAUGGUCUUUCAUUAAACAUGUCAUUGAUCUAUUCAAUUCAAAACCAGUGCACUAUAAGGAGACUCAAAAUAUGGAUCAAUUAA